AUGACCACCAUCCAUGCCAUCACUGCCACCCAGAACACUGUGGAUGACCCCUCUGGAAAACUGUGGCGUGAUGGCUGUGGGGCUGCCCGGUACAUCAUCCCUGCAUCCACUGUUGCUGCCAAGGCUGUGGACAAGGUCAUCUCAGAGCUGAACAGGAAACUCACUGGCAUGGCCUUCCAUGUUCCUACCCCCUACAUGUCUGUCGCGGAUCUGACAUGCCGACUGCAGAAACCUGCUAAGUAUGAUGACAUCAAGAAGGUGGUGAAGCAGGCAUCCGAGGGCCCACUAAAGGGUUUCCUGGGCUACACUGAGGACCAGGUUGUCUCCUGUGACUUCAACAGUGACUCCCACUCUUCCACCUUUGAUGCUAGAGCUGCCAUUGUCCUCAGUGACAACUUUGUAAAGCUCAUUUCCUAG